AGCAACUCUGAGGAGCCUUGACACAGAGCCGCUGCCAGCUUAACAAACCUGACAGGUGACAGAAAGGCAAGGAAAGAAGCUCAAGGAGAAGACUCACGAGUAACUGGUCGAGGGGAGAUUUUCAAGGAAUUUAGAAAAGUAGAAGCCAGUGACAGGUGUUGAGAUUUGCAGUGUUUUAAAGCAGCUGUUGUAACCACCAAGGGGAAGUGGGUGAAUUGAGGCAGCUUUGGGACAUUUUCUUUACUUAUUUUGGCCAAAAACCAACAACCAAAAACCAGCAUGUCUCUGGAGGUGAAGGAGAAGACCCAGGUGCGUCUAGUCUUCCUGGGGGCAGCAGGAGUAGGCAAGACAGCCCUGAUCCAACGCUUCCUCCAAGACACAUUUGAGCCCAAACACAGGCGCACAGUGGAGGAGCUGCACAGCAAGGAGUAUGACAUUGGUGGGGUCAAGAUCACAGUAGAGAUCCUUGACACCAGUGGCAGCUACUCCUUCCCGGCCAUGCGCAAGCUCUCCAUCCAAAACAGCGACGCCUUUGCGCUGGUGUACGCCGUGGACGACCCUGAGUCACUGGAGGCUGUAAAGAGCCUCCGAGAUGAGAUCCUGGAGAUCAAGGAGGACAAGUACACGCCAAUCGUGGUUGUGGGGAACAAGGUGGACCGGGAGGAGGAGCGCCAGGUGUCCAACAAGGACGUGCUGUCAACCGUGGAGAUGGAUUGGAACAACAGUUACCUGGAAGCUUCGGCAAAGGAGAACGCCAACGUGGUGGAGGUGUUCAAGGAGCUCCUGCAGCAGGCAAACCUUCCGAGCCGUCUCAGCCCUGCGCUGCGUAGACGCAGGGAGACCUUUCCAAAAGACACCAGCUUCCGGCCGCCCAUGAACAAGACCAACAGCUGUAUUUUGUCAUAAUGACAGUCAGAGGGAAGUGUUGUUUUGUUUCAUGAAGGAACAAGAGAUGAGAGCACUAAAUGCUGCUGGUCAGAGAAAAAAUAUAAAGAGGAAAGCUUGGACUUUAGUCAGUGGAGGUAUAAAGUGACUGAAAUAAGUGACUCUGGACCAGCAAAGACACUUCAGGGUUCACAGCUGAGAGGAAGAGGAACUGAAAAGGUGAAUGGUGUAAAGACUCCUUUGCCGAAGACUGUAAAAGUGGAAAGAAGGAAGCUGCAUUAACUACUCAGUUGUUUACUCGAUGUAAUGUUGUUGCUGCUUAUUUGGUGCCAUGCUGCUGGUGUUUAGAUCAAUGUGUACCUUUUAGAUUUUAACUGACAAUGUUCACUGACAUCAAGGUUUGGACUGUUGCUUACCAGUUGUUUACUAAAGGAAAGUGUGUGUGUAUAUAUUGUGAUACGUGCAAAGGUAUGUCUCAUGUAAAUUGAUUUAAUUUAAUAAUUCAGUGUAUGUAGCACAUCAUAAUGUUUACAUAUUUUGUACUUGAUUCCAGUUUGCCAUUGAGCAUGAUAUUACUAUUAUGUUUUAAAAAGAAAAAUUGGUGUAGUGCAAAUGUAAACUUUUUGUUUUUAAAUGUUUUUACAAUGUUUUAAGGUUGUUUUUUUAAUUUUAAAUACAUGAAUUUUCAAUACUUUUUC